UCAAGAUAGUCUUGCUGGUGAACUACCUAUAAUUGUAUAUACUAUCGGAUGUACCAACUUCACACAGCACAUACGGUAUAAAACCACAAUUUCGACUAUUUAUGAAACGAGAUGUAUCAAACUGAAUUGGAAAACGUUGCCCUUUCACAAUUAAAUGCUGAAUCUGCUCAAGAAUUGCUCAAACAGUCUAAUGUUCAGGAACUACCCCAAGAGUUUAUGGCUAUAGCAAAGGACUUGAUAUCAGCACGUGAAGAUACAGUUGCGAAAAUAAAACUAAAACGCUGUGAAGAGAGACUGCUUGUUGAAGAGAUUGAAUUUUUAAAACAACGCAUAAACCGCUACGAAAUAUCGCCUGAAGUACUUGUUCAAAUGCGAAAAUGUGAAAUCAUUUUUUCCGAGUAUGAAAGGGUUUAUGAAGAGUGGAAACGCACAUGCGAAGAGAGAGAACGUGCACGUGAGCAGCGUUUGUGCGCUAUGCAGCAGUGUCACUAUUUGCAAGUCUAUUCAGUGGAUCUGCAUGAUUACUUAAACCAAAAUGUUCUUGAAGCGCUUUGUAAACUAGAUUCCAUUGUCACGAUUACUGAUGAAACCAAAGCUAGGACCUGUUUUUUGAAGUGUCUAGUUGAUCUUUGGCACUUCUGUGUGUCACGAUUUCGGAGACAAUUUGGAGCACACAUGAAAACGGUGCACGCUGAUUAUACGGACAAAAGAAAGCAGUUAAAAGAACUUCAAACAGAAUUAGAAAAUGCAGUGCGUCUUUCCAAUGUUCUAAAGAAGCAUAUUCCGACCAGGACCUUUUAGUUUUUUUUUAUUGAGCUCCUCAUUGCAUUUUUACUUCCUCCGUACUGCCAGCGAG